CGGCUGUCUCCGCGCCCGGCGUUCGGCGGCGCUCGGCUGUCUCCGGCCGCUCGUCGGCGCUCGGGUCCGCGGCCGCUGCGGCGCCGGGCAUUUCUCCGCAGCUCGGCUCGCGGCCGCGCCCGCCGCCCCCGGCCCGCGCCCAUGCAGGCCAUCAAGUGCGUGGUGGUCGGCGACGGCGCCGUGGGGAAGACAUGCUUGCUGAUCAGCUACACGACCAACGCCUUCCCCGGAGAGUACAUCCCCACCGUUUUUGACAACUACUCUGCCAACGUGAUGGUGGACGGGAAGCCGGUCAACCUGGGGCUGUGGGACACGGCCGGGCAGGAGGACUACGACCGGCUUCGGCCGCUCUCCUACCCCCAAACUGAUGUGUUUCUGAUCUGCUUCUCCCUGGUGAGCCCGGCCUCCUUCGAAAACGUUCGUGCCAAGUGGUACCCAGAGGUGCGGCACCACUGCCCCCACACGCCCAUCCUCCUGGUGGGCACCAAGCUGGACCUCCGUGAUGACAAGGACACCAUUGAGCGGCUGCGGGACAAGAAGCUGGCCCCCAUCACGUACCCACAGGGCCUGGCCAUGGCCCGGGAGAUCGGCUCCGUCAAGUACCUGGAGUGCUCGGCCCUGACCCAGCGGGGCCUGAAGACGGUGUUUGACGAGGCGAUCCGGGCAGUGCUGUGCCCGCCCCCCGUGAAAAAGCCAGGGAAGAAGUGCACUGUCUUCUAGAGCCUGAGGGCUGGCGGGGAAGCAGCCGUAGACGUGUCCGCUGUUGUGUUGAGACGUGUGGUGUCCCUGAGUUGGCGGUGGGGAGCCGUGGGGGUGGGCAGCGGGAAGCAUGGGGACGAGGCUGGGUGGCAGGGUCCUGUUCUCUCUGCCGCCUCUUUCUGGGGUGUGGCUCCAACCUUCCCUGGCCCCCACCAGAGGCCGGCAGGGAGCAUGGUCUCCCUCAGGGCUGAAAGGGCAGGUGCAGGGAGGGUGGGGGGGAGUUCUGUCCAUUGCGCCCCUCGGCGGGGCGGCCCCUUCUUAUUUUAUACAAUAAACAUUCUCUACCUACACCUCCUGCCUCUCACUACCUGCCCUUCUGCCCUAGGCGGGGUUUGCUCCUGACUGCCCCGCAGUGACCACGCAGAGCCUGUCGGUCACACCCCAGCUGCACCUCGGAGUCGAUUCCUGAUGGGGGCAAGAGGGGCUUGCUGAGCUCCUCAGCCCCCAAAGGAGCCGACCCAGAUCAAAGCCAUAGCAAGUGCGUUGAGCCCUUGGGAUGAUGGCAUGCCUGUGUGCGAGGCUCCCUCGUGCCGAUUUGCAGCCUCUGAGAGGGCACAUUUCCGGGAGAGGCGGCCAGGUUCUCAGGCAGCUCCGUUGUGCUGACCAGGACAGUCUGAAAAGAGGCUAAAGCAGGUCAGGCCUCUCAGAGCCUCAUGGGAGCUGAGACAGCCUCCCCCCAUCCCUCAGCUCCUCUGGCUGGCACUGGGAGGAAGGGCAUCCAGGCGGAGGCACAGGGUGGACAAAGGCAUGGGGUCAGUGUGUGGCAUGGAGUGUGAAGAGAGCAGUGACCCAGCACAGUCUGCUGAUGCUGAAGCCAGAAACGGUGGGCCCCAAGCCACGUUUCGGACCUUGGAGUCACUCAGGAUCAGAGGGUGCCCUGAGGGCCAGAGUCAGCUUCACCUGGUGCUGGGUGGGGACCCCUCCUUCUGGCUCAGUUAAGCCAACUGCUGAAUUCUCAAGAAUUAUGCUAGCCAGUUGUUAACCAUCAUUAACAAUUAUAGAAGUUUGCAAUUUGUUUUAUUAAAAGCAAAAUCAACAAACA